AUGGAGACAACUGAAAAAAUCAAGUUAAAUUCUUACAAGGAGUGCGAAUCUACAACACAAAGCAGCAGGAUGAAGACCAACAUGCACACCUGUGUGAUUCCAGUUAGGGGAUCCAUCAAGCGUCGGAUCUUCGCCGGCUUCUUCCGUAGCCUAAAACUCGCUUGCAGACGCAUCUUCCGUGCGU